GGAUGAAGAACAUUGAGAUAUGAAAGCACACAAAGCAUACUACCAGAGGGUUGAUUUCGUAUCAAAUUCGCUGCAGGGGAUUCCCCAACUGUGCCUCUGUGGAUCAAUCACGAAGGAAAUUGUAGAUGAAGAUGAUACAUAUGACUACCUCCCUGGGAAAAGAUACUUCAUCUGCAAAGACUUCGAGAAUGACGGUCUGCAUUACAGGCAACCAUGGGUUAUGGGUGUGCAAGAAGAGGUUGAGAGGCUCAAACAGAAAGUUCUCCGCCAUGAGAACCAUGGUUAUUACAGCUGUGGAGACGUAAGAAGAUUAAGAAAAAAGCCGAACCAGCAGAACCCUCCUGAGAUACAAGCAGAUUUGGAGAAUCAACUCAAGGCUUCUCGCAAUGUUGCAAUGGCCAUGGCUGCUAAGGCAAAGCUUCUUCUUCGGGAGCUGAAGAUGGUAAAGUCUGAUCUGGCCUUUGCAAAGCAGCGAUGCACUCAGCUUGAAGAAGAAAACAAGGUUCUUAGGGAGGAUCAUAACGGCGAAAACAGCCAAACUGAUAACGAUGAUCUUGUGCGACUUCAAACUGAGACAUUAUUGGCUGAGAAGGCUCGGUUAGCUCACGAGAACUCGAUAUACACACGCGAAAAUCUCUAUCUGAGAGGAGUGGUCGAAUACCACCAGAUAACGAUGCAGGAUGUGGUCUAUUUUGAUGAGAAGACUGAAGAAGUAACUGAGAUAUAUCCUGUUAAUGUCACUUCAGUGUCUUCUUCAUCAGAUAGGUCUCACACUCAUCCAAACCCGCACAUCUUAGAGUUCAAGUGA